GUUGUGUGAAAACGGUAGAUAAACUUUACAAUUCCGACACGCAGAAUAAGAAAAAACGAUUAGAUAUAAAAGAAAAUCAAAUCUGGGGUGGAUCGGAAAACAAACAUGUCCUCCUCUUCCUCCUCACAAGCAGCCUCCAGGCGCCAGUGGUGCUAUUUAUGUGAUUUACCUAAAAUGCCGUGGGCCAUGAUUUGGGAUUUUAGUGAAGCGGUGUGUCGGGGUUGUGUUAACUAUGAGGGGGCAGACCGGAUAGAAAUGCUGAUAGACACUGCGAGACAGCUGAAAAGAACCCAUGUGAUGCAAGAUGGUAGAUCACCAGGUCCACAACCACUGGGGAAACAUGGGCCUGGUGGCAAAGAUGGCACCCUGGAGGGUGGCAGAAGCACUGCUGAACGGUAUGAGAGGUCCAGAGGAGAAUUUGUACCUGCUAGAUUGCCUAAUGGACUAACAAGACUGGAAGAUGGGGCUAUUGCAGAAGUCAGCAGGCAGAGUCCUAAUGCAAGAAGAACCAUGGUGGGAGUGCCACCUAAUUUGAUGGCACAGGGCAUUGUGGGUACGCCGCAUGGCCUUUUAAUUGGCCCAAGAUCUACUGGUGCACCUUUGGCCAUCUCGGCACCGAUGUUAAGCGAGAUUGGAAAGAGGCAGCCCAUGGGUGUUGGGUUGCCUUUUGUGAGCCCGGAUUUUGAGAAGCAAAGAAGUGCCGAGGCCCUCGCAGAACUUUCAGAAAGUGUCCGUAACCGUGCAGAAGAUUGGGCUAACCGUCCCAAAUCCGUACGUGACACUUUGCUGACACUGUCCAGCUGUGCCCCAUUUAAUGUCCGAUUUAAGAAAGAUCAUGGCCUAAUCGGUAGAGUCUUUGCAUUUGAUGCCAAACUUGGGGUCGAGUUUGAGCUUAAGGUGUUCGUCGAGUACCCAUGCGGCUCUGGAAACGUCUUCUCCAGCCUGUUAACACUGGUCAAACAGAUGUUUUACGAUAGCCAAAAAGAUUCUGGAAAAGUGAUCAGCUCAGGGUUUAAAUACGUCGAAUAUGAGAAGCGGCAUGGUGCCGGAGAUUGGCGGCUUCUUUCCGAGCUCCUCAGCGAUGCUGUGCGGGCAUUCAAAGAGCCGCCCGCACCUGAUUCCCUUCCUCAGCCUUACCUGGAUGCAAGCUGUGCGAUGUUGCCGUCUCCGCUCCACUGUCAUAUUGGCCGGCCUGGUCCAUCUCGUAUGCGGCGCCGGAAAGCCUCUCCAGAUCCGGAAGGCUCUGAAAGGAUGAUUUCAGAGGAGCAAUUGCGGCAGCACUGGUACCCUGGUCUGGGCAUCCACAUUUCCACCAGUUCUUUGUCUGGACAGUCUGCAAAUCUGCAAGAAGUGAUUCCUCUUUCACACAGUAGUGACCCCUCCCCAAUAAGUGCCCUGAUGAGCGUCGCCGACAACGUUGGAGGGGUAAGCCAAUCGCCUAAAGAUGUCCCAGGAAGCAGUGCCGCUCACACUUCCAGUGCCAGCCCGUCAUCAUCUGGACAGCGGCGACUGGCAUCGCGUAAUGGAGAGAAUGGAGCUGGAACAGCCACCGUUGCCACAGCGAUGCCUCCGGUUGCUACAGGUGACCAAGGAUCCGAGAACGCAGGAGCCUCAGGUUCACCACUUUGUUGCACCAUUUGCCAGGAACGGCUUGAAGAUACACACUUCGUCCAGUGCCCAUCAGUACAAGUUCACAAGUUCUGCUUUCCCUGCACCAGAGAUUUCAUCCGCAGUCAAGGGUCAGGGGGUGAAGUGUACUGCCCAAGUGGCGAUAAGUGCCCACUGGUGGGCUCCAAUGUGCCCUGGGCAUUUAUGCAGGGAGAGAUUUCCACCAUUCUGGCAGGAGACGUGAAGGUGAAGAAGGAGAGAGACCCUUAAUUUACAUCAGAGAAAUACAGUUCCUGAAGCCCAAAGACGGCUGGCGCCACAGCACUGAAGAGUCAUCAGUUCACCUGUGUGCGUCCUCCUCGUCUGUUUAUAUCAGCCAUCACUCUUUCUGCGUCUCUCGAAAGAAAAAUCCAUCGAUCCUCAUGAGUGAGGAACAUUUCCUUCAUGCAUUCAUCGUCUCAUCUGUCUCCUCUUUUAAACCUUAGUUUUUACUUUCUGCUCUAAACGGGACAAUCAGUUACAUUUAUUUUGCUUUAUUCUUUUCCAAUGUGUGACACAGGUCUGAUAUUUAGGAUUUAAAAUCCGAUUUUAUUUAGCAUUACUGAUUCCAAGAAUGAACUUCCUAAUAGUGCGUAAUGAAUGAUAGUUCUUUAAAUGUUGGAAAAUGAAAUAACUUUGACAGGCAUUCUAACAGCACUGUUGUGGGCAUGUGCAGAUACUCGAUUUGCAUAUGAUGUUAAAUCAAGCUGUACAUUUCUUUAUUUCUACAGACCCAGUGCAGGAGGACAACGAGUGUUUAUCAGUUUAUCUUUACCCGCUCACCAGGGAUUUGGCUUCAAAAUUUCAGGCACAAAAUAACAUCAGUAAUUCCAACAGUAAUUCUGGGUGAAAACACAAAACAGCAGGUGACAUUUUAUAAAAUGAUUUGAGUUUUCGUAGGACAAUCAAUCUGCUGUGCACACAGGCUUACAGUUCAUUCAAAAUAACAGAGAGUUUAAUUCUAGCAUGUGUAUUUUUUGUUUUGUUUACUGGCUUCAUUAGCUUAGCUUGCUGUCGGUGACAUACAGGAGAAACUUUGUGCACAUGAAGGACUUGAUUUGGUUACCCACGUCAUAUACACCGAUCAGCCAUGACAUUAAAACCACCUCCUUGUUUCUACACUCACUUUCUAUUUUAUCAGCUCCACUUACCAUAUAGAAGCACUUUGUAGUUCUACAAUUACUGACUGUAGUCCAUCUGUUUCUCUACAUACCUUUUUAGCCUGCUUUCACCCUGUUCUUCAAUGGUCAGGAC